GGCGGCGGCUGCCCCUGGAGGUUCACUUGGUGAUGGCUUCUCAGGACUCAGCCCUGCCUGAGCCCUUCACAAAAAUAAAAGGUGCUGAAAGAACCUGGGACAAGGCAAGAGAAGAUGAUGGAGGGGGCAAGAUAUCCUGGGUGAAAGAAGAAACAGCAUCUGUACCCGAUGCUGAAGGCCUAAAUGGAGUCCCUCUAGCCAAGCAGCUGGAAGAAGGAGGAAACCUGGAGUUGUCCCCAUCUCCAGUACAGGGUGAAAAACAUUUGAUAAUGCUGCAAACGGUGCAUUUGAAGGAAGGAGAAGAUGAGCUCCAGGGGGUCAGUCAGUUGAAUAUUCAGACGCAGAGUGGGGUGCACAUGGUGGUGCAACGAGGUGCAAGUGUCUUGCAGCCCUUGGUAGUAGUGCAACAGGGAGUAGGUGCUCAGCAGAAUCUACCCACAGGUGUAGCAAUAAGUAUACAGGAUGGUGUUUAUACAUUUCAUGACGUGGAGGUGAUGCAGAUUAAUGUUUUGCAAGAAAAAGUACAGACAAAAGAUGAAGAAAACCUGUCAUUGGAUAAACCCCCAGGAAUGCUACUGAUUAAGAUUGAUAGAAGUAAAGAUCUACAUGCAGUUGAAGGUAAGGUCCAGCAACUGCCUCCAAAUGAAGAGGGAAGAGAAAAGGACAUUUUCACUGCUGAGAAAGCAAAGAUCUUGAGCUGUAAAGCCAAAGAUGAUAUGUCAACGUCACACUGUGAACACAAAGAGCAAGAAGAACAAGCAGUUAUAAAAAACACUGAUGCUCUAGAAACUCAAAAAAACACACAGCAUAGGAAAAAAGGGAAAAAGAUGAUCUUCCAUUGUGAUCUGUGCGCAUUCACCUCUCUUAGAAUGUCAAGUCUUAAUCGGCACAUGAAGACCCAUUCUGAUGAAAAACCCCAUGUGUGUCAUCUCUGCCUUAAGGCUUUCCGUACAGUUACUCUCCUGCGUAACCAUGUGAAUACACAUACAGGGACCAGACCGUAUAAGUGCAGUGACUGUGAGAUGGCAUUUGUGACCAGUGGUGAGCUUGCACGACACAGGCGAUAUAAGCACACUCUAGAAAAACCCUUUAAGUGCUCAAUGUGUAAAUAUUCUAGUGUAGAAGCAAGCAAAUUGAAGCGUCAUAUUCGUUCACACACAGGAGAACGUCCUUAUAACUGUUACCUCUGUAGUUAUGCUAGCAAAGAUACCUAUAAGCUGAAAAGACAUAUGGUAACUCAUUCAGGAGAAAAACCCUAUGAAUGUUAUGUUUGUCAGGCCAGAUUCACGCAAAGUGGUACCAUGAAAAUCCAUAUAUUACAGAAGCAUAGUGAAAAUGUGCCCAGAUACCAGUGUCCACAUUGUAAUACAUUUAUUGCAAGAAAAAGUGAUUUGGGUGUCCACUUGCGUAAUUUGCAUUCCUACCUGACCGUAGCGACGAAGUGCUGUUAUUGUGAAGCUCUCUUUCAUGAGCGCUAUGCUCUUAUUCAGCACAAGAAAACUCACAGAAAUGAAAAGCGAUUCAAAUGUGAUCAAUGCAGUUAUGCAUGCAAGCAGGAACGACACUUGAUUGUGCAUAAGCGUACACAUACUGGUGAGAAACCCUUCACUUGUGUAUGUUGCAGCAAAUGCUUCCGGCAGAAGCAGCUUCUGACUGUUCACUUCAGGAAAUACCAUGAUUCCAAUUUUAAACCAAUGGUUUAUGAAUGCCCUAAAUGUGGCAAGGGCUAUUCACGCUGGAGUAAUAUGCAUAAGCAUUCUGAAAGCUGUGGAUUGGUGAGAGCAAAAUCUGUUACACGCCGCAAAGGAAGCAAGGGCAAAAAGAAAAGAUGUGACAGACUAAAACAUGAUGUUAAGCAAGAAGCUGUUGACCUGGGAUCAUUCCAAGAUGUUUCCUUUGUGAACACUGAAUGCUGUGCCAGUGAGAUUGUUCCUGUCGUAUAUGGAAUUGAAACAAGUACUCCGAUGGAGCAGAAAACAGAAAUAACUUGUGAAAUGAUCCUCAACAUGAUGGACAAAUAAUACAAACACAAGUUCUGAUUUCCAUUGUUAACGUACAGAAUGUCAGUUUGUAUACUAAUGCAAAGUUUGUAAGCAUGUUAAGGGAAGUAAGCUGUAGAAGGUAUUAGUUUCUGUAAAAGUUGCUAAAAAGUUGUUAGCUAAAGUUACAUGAAAGCCACAUAUUCUAACAUGUUCACAUCAGCAUCAAAGAAAAACAAAUUUUAAAACUAGGCCAUGGAAAAGAAGGAAGUUUAAUUUAUUCAAUUUAUUUUCAUUUUUCUUCCAGAUUUAGUUACAGAAUUACAUACAGUUUUCAAGCAAAUUUAUUCCACAGUAGCUCUGUGCUCCUGUCAGAUCCAGAUCUGUGUGACUUUCAGCUUGUUUGCAUUUACCUCAUGGUGAGCACAUUGUGAAAGGCAACAUUAUUUUGAUGCAAAGAACAUAGAUAGGUCUGCUCUCGGAACACUAAAGAUCUUAACAAAUCUGUACAAUUUUAGCCUAAUAUAGUACUGUUUAUAUAUAUAUAAAUCUGAAAACCAUGAUAUGCAUCUGGGUACCCUGUUAGUAAGUUUAUUGUAACAUUAUUAACUUUACAAUAUGUACACUUCUAAUCUCUUAAUUUUAAAAAAGACACUUCUUUUAUAACAUAACAACCAAGCCUCAAAACUGAGUGAGCCUUGGUCAAAUUCUCCUCCUAUUUAACACCAGUUUUACACAGGUGUAACUUCAUUGAUUUCAGUUUGGGCACUUGUGAUUUACAGCAGGGUGGAAGGAAAAUCAGACCCUUGUUUUUUGGUUGAUUAUUAGGACUUUUAUAACCACUUUGUGCUAGAGCUGUCUUGCAUGUAGCUACAUGCAGAUGACUGUAAGAAUGGGUUUAUACUUGGAACUUGAUCAAAAGCAUAUAAAGGUUAUUUGAAAGAUUCCCAUUGACUUAAAUCACUUUGGUUCAGGCCUUUAAUAAUAUAUGCUUGUUUUUAAAAAAUAUGAAAAGUAUUUUAACAAUGUUCAUGGAACAUGCUGUGUGUAAAAAGCAAUGAAAUUCUAGUCGUUUUAGCUUUUUACCAAUUUGUUGGAAUCCCCACUUUUAUACCAGUCUUACUGCUUAGUCUUCAUGACAAUCGCAAAUAGUACCAUUGAUUGAUUGAUUUGUUGUUGGUUACAGUGAGCAAAACUAAUUUUUGCAUUAUUCACUUAUUUUUACUUUCAUUUACAAUUAAUAUUUGAAAGCAUGCUCAAAAUAUAAGAUAUAUACUUUAAGUAUAUACUAGCAUUUUCAGUGAAAACAUGCUUUUUUAAACUAGUUUUAAUGACAAGUCAUAAUGAACAAAUUUUAUUUUAAUUAAAAAUACCCUAACAUACAUUUGAUUUUCAGAUGUGGAGUAUGUUUUAUAUAUCUGGAUUGUUUCUAUGAGCGUUACAAAUCCUGCUGUCUUUACUCAAUCAAAACAUCACCUUCAGCAAAGGUUUUGCCUGAAAAGUGCAGAAUUUGGUUCACUUUAGUUGGCUGAUAGCCUAAUUCUAAUGUUUUUCAGGCAAGUAUUUUAACAUAAAGCUACACAUACUGUAAAUUCAAACUGAUACCCCACUUAUAUUCUGCGCAUAGACCUAAUUAUGUGCUAUAGGUUUUUAAUUAUCCUUUUAACAAUGCUUUUGUAGCCAUAACAAUAAGAUUCUUCUGUGUUCCGUGCAUUCCAAGUUAACUGAGUUUAAAUGUUCACAU